AUGGACAGUGAGGUACAGAGAGUUGGGAGGAUCCUAGAUUUGAUUGAUGAUGUUUGGCAAGAAGACAAGUUGCCCUACGAGGAUAUUGCAGUACCUCUGAAUGAACUUCCAGAACCUAAACAAGACAGUAUUGCAGAAUCUGUUAAAGAACAAGAAAUGAAGUGGACUGACUUUGCCUUCCAGUAUCUACACGAGUACAUGUCCCCUAUUGGAAACUAG